GUGGCCGAGGCUCAUGAAGUCGACACAUACCGUAAGCUUGAACUCACGCGAUCCAAGUUGCCGCAAGUUGGGACAACGCGACCAUGGGAGCUAGCAAGGCUGACGCGAAAGAACCCCUCCUUCAGACCCCCCGCAGAAGAUGCUCGCAAAGCAUCCAAGCAAGCCUCAUCUGAGUGGUCUCGAGGAAUACCAACGGCUGUACAAGGAGUCCGUCACAGAGCCGGCCAGAUUUUGGGGGAGACAGGCGCGCGAGCUGCUCACCUGGAGCAAGGACUUCCAGACGGUGCAGAGCGGUUCUCUGAAGGGAGGCGACGUAGCCUGGUUCCUCGAGGGCGAGCUCAACGCGUCGUACAACUGCGUCGACCGCCAUGCCAUCAAGGACCCCAACCGCGUCGCGAUCAUCUACGAGGCCGAUGAGCCUACGGACGGCCGGAACGUGACCUAUGGCGAGCUGCUGCGCGAGGUCUCGAAGGUGGCCUACGUACUCAAGGACAUGGGCGUGCGCAAGGGGGACACGGUGGCCAUCUACCUGCCCAUGAUCCCCGAGGCUCUCGUCGCCCUCCUCGCAUGCGCCCGGAUCGGUGCCAUCCACUCCGUCGUCUUCGCCGGCUUCUCGGCCGACUCGCUGCGUGACCGCGUCAUCGACGCCAAGUCCAAGGUCGUCAUAACAUCCGACGAGGGCAAGCGCGGCGGGAAGUUGAUCGGCACAAAGAAGAUCGUGGACGAGGCGCUGAAGAACUGCCCGGACGUCAAGAACGUGCUCGUCUUCAAGCGCACCGGCGCCGACAUCCCCAUGACGCAGGGCCGCGACAGGUGGUGGCACGAGGAAGUCGAGAAGUGGCCCGCCUACAUCGCGCCAGAGCGCAUGAGCUCCGAAGACCCGCUCUUCCUCCUCUACACGUCCGGCUCCACGGGCAAGCCCAAGGGCAUGAUGCACACCACCGGCGGCUAUCUCGUCGGCGCCGCCUGCACGGCCAAGUACGUCUUCGACCUCCACGAGGGAGACCGGUACUUCUGCGGUGGCGAUGUCGGCUGGAUCACGGGCCAUACCUACGUCGUGUAUGCGCCUCUGCUGCUCGGCGUGUCGACAGUCGUCUUCGAGGGCACCCCCGCGUACCCCAACUUCUCCCGCUACUGGGACAUCAUCGAGAAGCACAAGGUCACACAAUUCUAUGUCGCGCCGACCGCCCUGCGGUUGCUCAAGCGGGCUGGCGACCAGUUCGUGCGCAACGAGAUGAAGCACCUCAGAGUCCUCGGGUCCGUCGGUGAGCCCAUCGCCGCCGAGGUCUGGAAGUGGUAUUUUGAGGUGGUCGGCAAGGAGGAGGCCCAGAUCGUCGACACAUACUGGCAAACCGAGACUGGUUCCCACGUCAUCACUCCUCUUGCUGGCGUGACGCCCACCAAGCCCGGCUCUGCUUCCCUUCCGUUCUUCGGCAUCGAGCCCGCCAUCAUCGACCCCGUCUCCGGCGACGAGAUUCCCGGCAACGAUGUCGAGGGUGUCCUGGCCUUCAAGCAGCCGUGGCCAAGCAUGGCCCGGACCGUCUGGGGCGCCCACAAGCGGUACAUGGACACCUACCUCAACGUCUACAAGGGAUACUAUUUCACCGGUGACGGUGCCGGCCGGGAUCACGAGGGCUUCUACUGGAUCCGCGGCCGUGUCGACGAUGUCGUGAAUGUCAGCGGCCACCGUCUGUCGACCGCCGAGAUCGAGGCGGCGCUUAUCGAGCACCACGCCAUCGCCGAGGCGGCCGUCGUGGGCGUGGCGGACGAGCUCACGGGCCAGGCCGUCAAUGCCUUCGUCGCUCUCAAGGACACCAACGAGUCGUCGGAUGCGCUCCGGAAGGAGUUCAUCCUGCAGGUCCGCAAGAGCAUUGGGCCCUUCGCGGCGCCCAAGGCCGUGUACAUCGUGCCCGACCUUCCCAAGACUCGCAGCGGCAAGAUCAUGAGGCGCAUCCUCCGGAAGAUCUUGGCCGGCGAGGAGGACCAGCUCGGCGACAUCACCACGCUUUCGGAUCCCUCUGUCGUCGAGAAGAUCAUUGCCGUUGUCCACGAAGCCAAGAAGAAAUGAAGGCCGAAUACACCUUUUUUCUUCUUCCUUUUUGCUGAUUGGGUUUGAAGGGUGUACUAUCAGGGUUAUACCACCGUGUCUCUGUUAUGACUGGACAUGAGAUCUCGCCAGGGCUCGGUUGUCUCGGGAAGACGGGCAAGCCGAUGAGCCUAUCAGCGCUGCUCUGCUUGGAAUAAGUAGUAGUGCUGGAUACCUACCUUAGGUACCUGAGUUUACUCUUACUAGUACUUUUUACAGGUUUUUAUUGUAGACUCCCGUCAACUGAGUUGAUGUUGAUGUGAAAUUCUACCGCAGCUGUCUACGGGUAGUAUUACAUC